CUGUGACGGUUCUGAUAAUGAGGAUUUCCAAUUUUAGUUUAGUACACAUCUGAAAUGAUGCCAAGUGAAACCAUUUCAGAAGUUUCGAUCUUCAAUUCUGCUCCCUUCAAAAAGCGUCCUUACUUUGUGAUCAUAUUGUCAGUUCUUAUGGUAUGUAAUCUCAUUCUUGCCUUCAAUGCCUGGCCCUUUGCUCUGCAUCAUCUUAAUCCUUCGAGUCAAUUGCUAUCAUCGGACAAUUUGAGUAUAACCUUCAUGAACGAUAAACAUAUUUUCAAUAAUGGCCGCAUGGAACCCAGGGUAAUGCAAGAUCGAAGAAAUCAUUCAAAUUUUGCAGAUGAAGAAAUCAAAGCAGAGGAAUCAGGUCAAGUACGAGUCUUGUGCUGGAUCAUGAUUCAGCCCCAAAAUCAUAAAACCAUGGCCAUGGAUAUCAAGGCCACGUGGGGAAGGCGAUGUAAUAAACUCAUAUUCAUCAGUUCAGAAAAUGAUUCCUUCUUACCGAGCAUUGGUUUACCUGUUUUGGAGGACUGGAAUAACACGUGGACCAAUACCAAAAAAGUGUUUAAACACGUGUAUGAGAAUCAUAUUGAUGAAGCUGAAUGGUUCUUGAAGGCAGACGACGAUAGUUACAUUAUUUUGGAGAACCUCCGAUACCUGCUCCAGUCCCAUAACCACAGCAACCCGUUAUAUUUUGGCCACACAAUUGAAACGCACGUCAAUCAAGGUUUCUUAAGUAGAGGGUCCAGCUAUGUCCUAAGCAGAGAGGCCCUGAGACGCCUUGUCACAAAAGGUCUCACGGACCAAACUGGCCACAUAUGUCGAACUGAUAAGGGUGAAGCCGAGAAUGCUGAGAUGGGCAAGUGCUUGGAAAAUCUCAAUGUUGUGAGAGGCAACUCUAGUGAUUUGCUUGGCCGUCCGCUAUUCCUCCCAAAAGGAACCGUUAUCACAAUAGGGAAGAAUCCAGAUACAAACCACUCCGGGCAAUAUCAUUUCUAUCCUUCUGUUGAUGGAAAGGGAUGCUGCUCUGAUAAAGCCAUUUUAUUCCAUUGCGUCUCUUCAGCACAAAUGCACAUGAUGGAAUAUUUUCUUUACCACCUUCGACCGUAUGGAUAUGAAUAGGGAGAGGGGUUGUUUAAGGUUAAUUUUUGGGAUGCUUAUCACAACACUACACGUCUCAAGUAUCAGAUUCCAGCCAAAUUAAACACCACCAUCACCUAUUUGUCCUCUUUUUCAAUGAUUUCUGGAACAACUGUCAAUCUUAUUAAAACGAGCAAUGGCCGA